CGUGAUUCACAGUCACAUGACGCCAAGCUUCCACAUGCUUGCAACCUCGGCGCUCCUUCCCCAGAUUUUGCCCAUCACAUGCUGCAACAACACCUAAGCCACCACCUGGUAAUGAUGGUGCUUUUGCUGUGUCUAGAUUCCCACGACUGACGGCCUCUACGAUAUUCAAUGAUAUGAGCGCAACAUCGGAAUCAUAGGGAAACGGGUUACGAAGCUGGAUUGGAGAGCCAGGAACACAAGUCGGCGGACGACAUGACCAUGUAGGGACAAAUCAACAACAACCAACUCUGCGAAUUCGGCCAUCCAAAAUCACAAUGGCCUCUCAAUCGACAUUGCGGAAUGCUGCGGAUCCGUUGGCAAUGUUUUAUCACCACUAUGCCGACCUCCUCCGUCAGCGCCUGAAGGGCACAUCGAGAACCACACGACUCAUGGGCACACUCUUCCUCGCCAUAUCAAUAAUAGCUGCAGGCGAAGGCGGCAGACGAUGGUGGAAGAAGCGGAAUGCAGAGAAAGAGCAAGGCCGACGGCUACUGAGAAGGAAUUCGGGAUUGAAGAAUAAAGAUGGCUCGAGGGUCAUCUUCGUUCCUUACAAGGACUCGACUUCGAAAGUUACGAUACACCCUACGAAGGCGCUGACUUUUGAUGCCCAUCGAAGACUUUUUCUAAAUCCGCCGAGAGCCUCCGGACUGUCCGAUGGCAGCACUCCUCAGAUCCCGCCUCCCCAGACGAAGCCCGGGCUCAACUUGGCCUUCUUACACCAGUUUCUAAGUCUGUUGAGUAUAAUGAUACCGAGAUGGACGAGUAAGGAGACUGGGCUGUUACUAAGUCAUGGGGUAUUUUUGAUGCUAAGGACAUACCUGUCUCUGGUAGUGGCUAGAUUGGACGGUGAGAUUGUGCGGGAUCUUGUUGCUGGAAAUGGUAGAGCGUUUAUUUGGGGAAUCAUCAAGUGGUGUGGCAUUGGCAGUCUUGCUUCAUACACAAACGCCAUGAUCAAAUUCCUCCAAUCGAAAGUCUCAAUUGCCUUUCGAACACGCCUCACAAGAUACAUUCAUGAUCUAUACCUGAACGACAACCUCAACUAUUACAAAUUAUCGAACCUUGACGGGGGAAUUGGGCAAGGUGCAGACCAAUUCAUCACCCAAGAUCUGACACACUUCUGUGCGUCAGCUGCAAGCCUCUACUCUUCGUUAGGGAAGCCAUUCGUAGACCUUGUUGUCUUCAACUACCAACUAUAUCGGUCUCUUGGUCCUCUCGCUUUGACUGGAUUAAUGAGCAACUACUUUUUGACAGCAACAAUACUUCGGAGAUUAUCUCCACCGUUUGGAAAGUUAAAAGCAGUCGAAGGUCGCAAGGAAGGUGACUUUAGAGGCCUCCAUGCUCGUCUCAUUGCCAAUGCCGAAGAAGUGGCAUUUUACGGUGGGGCGAAUAUGGAGAAGAACUUCUUGGAUAAGGAGUUCAAGAGUCUCAAGAAGUGGAUGGAGGGUAUUUAUACCCUGAAGAUCCGUUACAACAUCCUGGAGGAUUUUGUUUUAAAAUACAGUUGGAGUGCUUACGGAUACCUUCUGAGUUCCUUGCCGGUGUUUUUGCCAGCUUGGGGUGGUCUUGGAGGCAUUCAAGAAUUGGCGGAUGCCUCGAUAACUGGAGGCCGAGAAAGAGGACGGAUGAAGGAGUUUAUCACGAACAAACGACUCAUGCUCUCACUAGCUGAUGCUGGCGGACGAAUGAUGUAUUCCAUCAAGGACCUUUCCGAACUCGCUGGUUACACCAGCCGUGUCUAUACUCUGAUCUCGACACUUCACCGAGUUCACGCGAAUGCGUAUUUCCCACCUCGGGGUACCCACGCCGAACUUUAUUCUCUGUCGGACGUUCAAGGCACUAUUCAAAAAGGCUUUGAUGGUGUGCGCCUGGAAAAUGUUCCUGUUGUUGCGCCCUCCAUUUUCCCUCAUGGAGGUGAAGAGUUGAUCGAAUCUCUCUCCGUGAUUGUCCACUCUGGAGAGCAUCUUCUUAUCUCCGGCCCGAAUGGGGUUGGCAAAAGCGCCGUUGCCCGCAUAGUGGCAGGUCUCUGGCCAGUUUACCGGGGGUUGGUCUCUCGACCACGUUCCGUUGGGAUGGAUGGCAUCAUGUUCCUUCCUCAAAGACCAUAUCUCAGCGUUGGAACACUUCGUGAUCAAGUCAUCUACCCACACGGCGAAAUCGAGAUGCGGGAACGAGGACGACGAGACAUCGAGCUCAAGCACGUCCUCGAAGAAGCCCGGCUUGGCUACCUCCCCGACCGAGAAGGUGGCUGGGACACCCGCAAAGAAUGGAAAGACGUUUUGAGCGGAGGCGAGAAACAACGAAUGGCAAUCGCAAGACUACUUUACCACGAACCUCGCUAUGCGUUCAUUGAUGAGGGCACCUCAGCAGUCUCUUCCGACGUUGAAGGGCUUCUCUAUGAGCGCUGCAAGGAGAAAGGUAUCACAUUGAUUACAAUCAGUACCCGAGCAAGUCUGAAGAGAUACCACACGUUCAACCUCACCCUCGGGCUCGGCGACGACGGCAGCGAGUGGGAAUGGGAACGCAUCGGCACGGAAAAAGAGAAGAUGGGCGUCGAGAGAGAACUCCAAGAGCUCCGCGAACGCUUAUCCAAAGUCAAAGAAUGGGAAAGUCGAAAGGAAGAGAUCGAAGCAGAGUUAAACAAAGUCUGGGUCGAAGGCGGCGAGAUGUUGGACGGUCCUGUUUACCUGGAGGAGCAGAAGUCCGUUGAGCAGCCGCAACAAUAACAGCAAUCUCCCCUAAUUCUGUCCUGAAUACGAUAGAUAAGCUAGAUGAGAUAGAAAUUUAUUCCUGCCUUACAAGCAACGA